UUGCUAGGUUAUGGACACACACCAAUCUCCAUCGUCUACAGAUCCUCAACCUCCAUCGGCUGAAAUCGACGAGCUCUCGUCCGGCAUGGCAGCAGCAGAGGGCAAGCUGAGUCCAGAGGGCAAUGUUAAGGAGGAUAUGAUCAGCAGCAAGGACUACCUUGACCCUCCCCAAACGCCGCUGUUUGACGCCGGCGAGCUGGGCAAGUGGUCCCUCUACCGCGCCGUCAUCGCCGAGUUCACUGCCACGCUCCUCUUCGUCUACGUCGCCGUCGCCACGGUCAUCGGCCACAAGCGCCAAACCGACACCCAAGCGUGCAGCGGCGCCGGCGUGCUAGGCAUCGCCUGGGCCUUCGGCGGCAUGAUCGCCGUCCUCGUCUACUGCACCGCCGGCAUCUCCGGCGGCCACAUCAACCCUGCCGUGACCUUUGGGCUUCUGCUGUCCAGGAAGGUCUCGCUGCCGCGUGCUUUCCUCUACAUGGCGGCGCAGUGCCUUGGCGCCAUCUGCGGCGCGGCACUUGUCAGGGCUGUGCACGGCUCGCACCACUACGCGCUCUACGGCGGCGGCGCCAACGAGCUUGCGCCAGGGUUCUCCAAGUCGGCAGGGCUGGUGGCCGAGGCUCUGGGCACCGCCGUUCUGGUGUACACCGUGUUUUCGGCGACUGACCCGAAGCGCAUGGCCCGGGACUCGCAUAUCCCGGUGCUGGCGCCGCUGCUCAUCGGGUUCGCGGUAAUGAUGGUGCAUCUGGCCACCAUCCCCGUCACCGGUACCGGCAUCAACCCGGCCAGGAGCCUCGGAGCCGCCGUGGUGUACAACGGCGAAAAGGCGUGGGACGACCAGUGGAUCUUCUGGGUCGGGCCGUUCCUCGGUGCCGCCGUCGCCAUGGUGUACCACCAGUACGUCCUCAGAAACUGCGCCGCAAAGUCAUUCCGCUCCAAAUACGACAUCGAAGCAUAGCUAUAAGCUGCAUAUCCGUGCGGUUCAUGCGUUUGUAGCAUAUUAUGCAUAUUUAGUUCUUUUUACUGCGCGUACGUCAUGCAUUGUAGGGUUAUUUUUACCCUACUAUUAGCUAGUUACUCCUGCUAAAUGCGUAAGUUCCUUAAUAAUAUUACUGUACGGUGCAGUGCUGCAAUUCAUCAAUGUGAUCGAUGCCAUGUGAUAUUCUAAUCCUAUACUUUUCCUAUUCCUA